AUGGAUGACAGAGACAGUCAUGAUAUAGAAUCAAUGUUCAAUGGCAUUGAUGCUGAGAAAGUACCCCCAGAUAUGAAAUACUUGUGGGAGCAACAGCUGAGAAUCAAUCAGUGCAAGUCUGCAAAAGGCUACAGAUGACACCCCAAGAUCAUACGCCUAUGUCUUGAUCUCUAUUGUAAAAACCCACAUGUUCUGGACAGCUUAAGGGAAUUUAUAACCCUCCCAAGCCAAAGAACAAUAAGACUGUACAAAUCAAAAAUUGAGCAACGUCCAGGCUGGAACCCUCAAGUGCUUAAAUGGUGCUUACAAGAAGCAAAACGACAAGGUCUGCAAGAAUGUGACUACUGGGGUGGCCUCAUCAUUGAUGAGAUGAAAAUCCAGGAAAAUCUUGAGAUGACUUAUGAAAAAGGAAAGCAUAAACUGGUUGGGUUUGUCUUUCUGGGUGAGAAUCACAACAGUAUGUCAACUUUAUCAGGAAAUGAAGAUCCACAGUGUGAGCUUGCCCAACAAGUACUACAAUUCAUCUUCCUCAGUGACAGAGGUUUUCGUUUCCCUAUUGCCCAAUAUCCAUCAGGAAACUGUACACCAAGUGAUUUGCAUUUUGUAUUUUGGGAAGGCGUAAGAAUGAUGUUUGAAUAUGACUUUGUGUAA